AUGGUGAGCAGCGGGAGCGAAGAGGGGGAUGAGGAGGCGAUGGACGUUGUCCCUUUGAACGAGACGAUCGAGACGAGUGUGGGAGCGGAGCCUGAGCCUUUCAACCAUGGUGAUAAAGGAGAGGCAUCUGGGCUUUGUGCUAGUGGCGACCUGAUGGCUCCUGGGAGCGAAGGGCUUCGGGAAGAGCUGACGCCCGCUGGAGAAGUAGCCUGUGAUACUGAGAAUGGCACACGCCAUGCUGAGGCAUCCUCCUGGUGCUCCUUGCCAGUCAACUCUGACAGGCCCAGUAGCCCCCCGGUAAGCAGAGAAAGGCCGGAAACAUCGCUCCCUCUCAAGAAGCGACAAUACAGUCAGAAGGAACAGGAGGCAAUCUGCCAGAAUGCGGGGCAGAGAAAGAACGAGCAAGAAGCAAAGAGGAGGGAGCAGGAGGAGGAGAAAGAGAGGAAGAGAGCCGUUGCCAAGAUGCUGAAAGCUCAGCGGCCAGGAGAGUGCCAGAAAUACAUAACAGUGGUGCUAGAUCCAGUGUCUCCUCUCUCUGGAGGCCUGACCCGUGCAUCGAUUUCAGUCAUCUUACAGGUAGAAGGUGGCGAGCAGAUCCUUAGUGCUUUGCAGGCUGCCAAUUAUUCCUGUGUGUUUGAGAACCACGCUGUUCCCUGCAGCAUCACCUGGAGGAGAAAGACAGUGACAUCGCAGAUGGGAGGAGGAGAUGAAUGGACAGAAGAACCAAAUGUUCUAGUUCUGCUUGGCCUGAAGGAGUUUUUGUCCAUGGCUCACAGCUACAAGCAAAAUGCUGAUGGCUGUGCAGAAAGGCAGAAGGAGACCCUGCAGAGCUAUGUGGCUCAUAUGAUGGAGAAAAUGCCCGGGAGAAUUCUGGCUCUGGCAGUGGUUGGAGUAGAAAAUUAUUUCAGGUCUCUCCAAGUUCAGCCAAAACAAAGGCUGCGACAGACAGCAGCGAGUGGGAAUCAAGAGAAACGGGGGAAAAGGAGAAAAAAGGAGGUUAAGGAUUCUGGCUUGGACUUAUCCAGAAUGGAUGUGAAAGAAGCCCUGGUGGAUCUGCAGCUGAGUACACAAGUCCAAAUCAGCAUUUUUGAGAGCAAUGAGGAGCUUGGAGAAUAUGCCACUAUGUUCACAAAAGCUGUGGCUGAGGCACCAUACAAGCGAGAGCGAGAGAACACAGGGUUCUCCUUCUACUUGGAGAAGGACUGUUGCAGAGGGGUGAAGGUGGAUCCUUCUGGAAAGGGUCUCUUGAAAGUUUGGAAGAGGCAGAUACAGCAAUUUAACCGUGUCAGCUCUGAGAUGGCUGAGGCUAUCGUGUCUGCCUACCCUUCUCCUCAGCUUCUGAUCCAGGCCUACGAGAGGUGCUCCUCGGACCAGGAGCGGGAGAACAUGCUGGCCAACAUCCCUGUGCUCCGCGGGGAGGGCGUGACUGCCACCUCCCGGCGCAUCGGGCCCGAGCUGUCCCGCCGCAUCUACCUGCAGAUGACGUCCCACGAUCCCAACCUCUGCCUGGAUUUCACCGGCUAGCACAGGGCAAAAGGGUUGUGCUGUUUGUUCAGUUAAGUGUUCAGGUUUGGAUUUCACUGGGUAGCUCCAGGGAAUAAGAGUUUUUACCAUUUGUCUGGUCAAGUUUUCAGUUUUCUUCUGUGAAGAAGUGCUUAGAUAACACUCAUUGAUCCUUGUUUAAAGACUUGAAAUGCAUUUAGACUUUAUUGUAGCAGGAAAAAAGUUGGAUAAAGUUGCUGAAUAGCAGGAAUUUACACAAGAAAGAUGGUGAACAUCUUCCCUAAGCACAUGAGUUGCACACAACUUACAGUACUGAUGUUGCUUUGUCUUUCUAUAAAAUAAAUAAUUCUGAAGAACAACCUUUGCUUCUUAACAUGGUGUCAUGAAUAUAGACAGUUAUGUCCUUUGUUGAAAGGAAUAAUUCCUGUUGCUCUCCUGAACUGCAAGGACUUCCCUUCUCCCUCCUUUGGGACAAAUCCUGAAGCUAGAGCAACAUGGUGCUGCCCCCCCAGCACCUGCUCUGGCGAGGUGAAAGAAUUUUACCUCACCAAACAGCCUCUCGUUGUUCCGCUGCAGCAGAUGGGAAUGAGUAAGACUAAUUUUCAGAUAGAAGUUUAGAGUGCUCUGAUUCAGUCUCCAGACGGCUUAAUCUAGAGAAGGUCUUGAAAUCUGAUUAUACGUGCUGGAAUUAUGAGGUUUAAACAGUUGGCAGAAAAAGCUUCCUUUUAAUUAGAUUGGGGACCACAGCCUGUCCGUGCAGCCAUCAGCACUUGUGUGCACACAAGGACAGCUGGGGGUUUUUGUAACAGCAUUGCUGAGUGCUCAGAGAAUUAAACUGCAUCCCAUGUGUGGAAGUUAACUCUUUGGAUCCCUGCUGCCUCCAGUGGAAAAAUCCCUACCUGUCCUGCUGACCUGAAUCUAUAAAUUGUGUAAGCCCAUGCUCCCCAACCUACGCAACACUCAUCUGGAUGUUGGCAGCAAGGGCUGCAUGGAAGAAACACUGCUUUAGAUGCUGUUUGUAAUUUUCAUGAACGUUUCUGGGUAGAGAGCAAGGAUAUUUUAAAGAAUGGGAUGAGUUAGACACCCAAAGCAAAGCUUAAAGGUGUUUGAAGGAAGCUUUGAAAACAUGCACCCUCCUAAGGCAGAGGCAGCCCUUCCUUCCUUUAAUCUGAUACUUGUGCUGACCUCUCCUGUGUGAUACUCAGGGAACCACAAUCUUAUGGUCGGGUUACAGAAUAAGAUUUACACCAUUUACUGCUGUGAUGGUUUCCCCAUAGCACUGCUCCUGGCAGCAAUAACCCCAGGUGUGACAAGAGGGAACGAUUCUGGAGACCAGUGUAGAAUGUCUCAGUGGAGUCUGUAGCACAGAUAUUCUCUGAAACUUGCACUUCAGUUUAAGUACUCACAAAGCCCUUAAGGAUAUGAUGGGAGUUAAGGAAAUUUUACAAUGAAUUAUUUUAAAUAAAUUUUAAGGAAAUUCUAAAUAAAUCAGACCAUUGCAGAGGUGAGAGUGCAAACCACCAAACCUCCCAGCCUUUCCCCAGCCCCGAGACAUCCCCUUUCCUGCCAGC